CAGAGGCUGAACUUUUGGGGAACUUUCUUAUUCUUAAGGAGAAGUGCUUGAACGUUGGUUGAAGACGAAGGACAGGGUGUUUGUUCUCGUGUUCAUAACCUUUGCGCCACCACAAUGCAUCUGGUUUCAACCCAGCAACAAGCCACAUUGGCGAUCCUCAACCUACUCCUUCUACACAUGCCACUUCUACACUGCGCCUCGCAGAGUGCUGGCGUUUCUUCCAGGGAGUCCCCGAAGGGUCAAGAUUCUCAAGUACCUCCGUCAAUGUGCCAGUACAUGCUUCGUGGGGAGACAGGUCCUUAUGGGCCCCCUGGACUACCGGGUAUACAAGGGCCGGCUGGGAUGCCAGGAAACCAUGGAAACAACGGGAACAACGGUCUGACGGGUCGGCCUGGACCAAAGGGUGAUCAAGGAUCUCCAGGAGAAGUGGGUACUUAUGGCCCCGCUGGGCAAAUAGGCCCAAUUGGUCCCCAAGGUCCAACAGGGAAAGCAGGUAUACCCGGAACAGCUGGAGUUGCUGGUGCAACCGGAGCCAGAGGUCAGCGUGGGACAUCUGGGGCACCGGGUGUAAAGGGCGAAAAGGGCGACAGUGGGUCAGGGAUCGAGUCCCGACAGAUAUUGUCGAGAGCCGGUCGUCGGAAAAUCGCCUUCUCCGUGGCUUCAUCCAACACCAUGACGGCACCAGCUGAGGACGCUAUCAUCCAGUUCGAUCACGUCUUCACACUCCACGGGAAUGAGUUUGACCCGGAUACGGGGAAAUUCACCUGCCAGGUCAACGGGACAUACUACUUUGUCGUGCACGCUAAUAAAUGGACCAAUUCACGUAAUCUACACAUCAAACUGAUGAAGAACGGGAUUUUGAUGACGGCGCUGUACGAGGAUGCUGGGUACGAUUAUUACGAUGCGGCUAGCAACAGCAUCCUUCUGGAUCUGACGCACGGAGAUCGAGUUUGGCUACAGCUCCACAGCGGAAGUGAGGUCUACAGUGGAUUGACCAGAAUGACCACCUUCUCUGGGUGGCUCGUCUUUGAGGACUAAGUUUGUUCGUUUGAUUGUUUGUUUAUUUUGAAAUACCACAACUUAACAAAUUCCAUCAAAAAAAGAACUUGAUACAAAAUGGUACCAAUGGAAGGUACCAGUUGACUCUUAUCAUUGCUUGUAAUAAGGGAUUGAUUGGGGGUCGUUCUGAACUUCUUCUUGAUCGUAAAUUUAUUCCAUACUGAUAUUAUAAUAAUAUAAAUAUUUAUAGGCAAAUUUACAUUUUUUAAAAGUUGUUCUUCCCAUCAAGGAAACUCGGCUCAUUUUACACUACCAGAUUCAGAAUGAAGCAUUAAGAGAAGAUCUUUCUCAUUUGUCAUUUGUUACCUUUUUAGGAUGUUUUCUUAAAUAUUGCAUUUGUAUUAUUGUAUUCUAUACCACAUGUUCUAGA